AUGGAGGCAAUCCCGCAGAAGGUGUACAGAGAACCUGGUCCAAAGAGCUGGAACCGGACAGAGAGCAUGGGUGCAUGGGUGGGUGCAAAUGAUGCAGGACUUUUUCCCUUCUGCAUCCACAGUCCCAAAUUCACUCAUGUGGAGCAAGGCACUCGGGGUGAACUGAGUUCAUGCGCUGUGUCAGCACAGCACCUUGAUCAAGGGCUGUGCGUGCAGAGCCUGUGCUACUCUGUGAUGAGCUCACAUGAAAGUCACACCGAGAAGCACCCUGGUGCUUGCCAGAGAUGCUUUGUGUGGAGAAAGCCUUUUCUUGGAAGGUUUGAAUCUCACUGGAAGGCUUUCCUGACCAGCAAAUCCUUAUACUCACUCAUGGAAAGACCUUUUAGAAGAGAGCUCGUAAAAGUUCUGUGGUUUCAUGAGCUGCCUUUCAGGCUGCAGAGCUCAGUUCUCUCUGGUUUUACCACAUUGCAGCUUCUUCCCCAGCAGGAGAUGCCUGAAUCCUUUGCCCAAUUAUGGUGCCCAAGGUGCACUGUGGUCAGCAAUGGUUACUCCAUCCAUGGCCAAUGCCUUAGGAAAAUUGAGUCUCACCAUGUUAUCAUAAGAUUAAAUGAUGCUCCAGUAAAAGAGCACAAGAAAGAUAUAGGUGAGAGAACAAUAAUCCGUCUCUUGUUCCCUGAAUCAGCUCUGCCCAACCCUCUGGAAAACAAUGACAAUGAUGCACAGGUGUUUGUCCCAUUCAAGCCCCUGGCUUACCUCUGGUUGAGGGAAAUAUUACUGAAAACAAGGAAUAAGACGUGGUGGGGUUUUGGCACCAGCCCCCCCACCAAGUGGAAUGGGAACAUCUCUCAGCUACAUAUUCUCAACUCGUAUGUCACCUAUGAAGUGACAUACAAACUGCUGCAGCUGAACGUGGCAAGUAGGAGAUAUGCUGCCACGGGAAUCAUUGCUUUGAACUCAGCCCUCCAUAUAUGCCAAGAGGCCAAUAUUGCAGGCUUUGGUUACCCUGGCAACCAUGACAAUACUAAGCCAAUAUAUUACUACAAUAAUGUAAAGAAGAGGUAGCAAAUGCCUCCUCUUCAAACUAAGCUCUUUCAGCACAAUAUCACUGCUGAGAGAAACAGGCUGGUGAAAAUUAUUGAGUCAGACGUGGUGAGAGAGGGCCAUGCUGCUUGCUGUCUCCUCCAGGAUGUUGCUAUGUCAUAUUUCCUCUUCUUUACUCCCCUUAUUGCUGCUUUCUUCCUGGACUGUUAA